AUGGCGCCACAGGCAACCUCAGCAACAGUUCUGAUCUUCACUCUCGUUCUGAACACGCUGACGGCACCAGAAACAAGGCUCAUGGAGAGCUCCACAGGGAGGUGUGUCCACGACCUGGGAUCCGGCUGGCUUGCCGGGCACCUCCCUUCUCUGCCGCCUGUUGGCAGUUGCGGUGGCUCCGGCGUCGUCAACAUCACCGGUUCACCGCCGCUACUACUGGUACUAUUCUCUCUUCGCGGCGAAGGCAAUCAGUCGGUGUGCCGUCCUUGGAACCAGAGGGAUGUGAAUCGUAGGAUUCAUCGGCCAUCGUCGCUGCCGCUGGAACCGGGGAUCUACGGUGGAGCACCUCGAGCUCAGGAGUUAGUUUCCUCUGACCCAUUUGGCUUUGACAUAUCUUCCCUUCGUGGUGCCUUUUCUAGUUAUUAUGCAAGUAGCGUGAUGUUUCCCAACAUCCAAGAACCACAUACCUACAACCAUCCGUUACAAGCACCUGUUAUUUUUUACUACACUGGAUUCGUCGUAGUUGGGAUUGGGAAUCAGAGUUCAGAGAGGGGAGCAUUUCCUCGGCUUAGACUUAGAAGCAUGGGGAGGCACAGAACGCUAGCGUCCGUGACCUUUGCUGGAGGACACAGAAAACUGUUGGGCUCUCAGGGCAGCUCUACCACGAGAAACCUCAUUCGUCGCCGCCGACAACGGGUCUUGCUCCAAGAGCCAGGCGUGGGCGUGGUUAGUAGAGCAGCCGCUGCUGCGGCAGCUUUGGCGUUGUUUGGCCUGCUUUGCACCAUCGCAGGACUUGUGCUCUGGUGCAUGCGUAACAUGUUGGAAACAGACGAGAAGCUCAUCCACCAGAUUGAACUCUGCACCUCGGGGCCUAGACGGUACCGCCGCCGUGAGCUUGCCGCCGCGACUCAUGGGUUCGCGGAGGCGGAAAAGAUUGGCAGAGGAGGCUUCGGCCCUGUAUACCGCGGCUUCCUCGCUGACCAGGAGCGUCACGUGGCCAUCAAGAGCCAGCGACCGCCGAUCUCAGAGGCCAUGGAUCUCCUGCGACGUCAGGAUGCCGAGCUUCCCAUCCUUCCAGAGAUGCAUAGUCGUCCUACUACCGCCUCGGUCCGUUCCCUUGAAGAAAUAGCUUAUGGUGAUUUCUCAGCGGAGGACUCUGUUUUUGAGGAUUCAUCUGCAGACACUGCAUACCACACUUCCGACGUUUCCACUUUGCCUGCUGCUAGAAUGCUAGCAGAAGAAUGA